AGGUUACAAAACAGAAGAGGUAAAACAAAACCCUAAUCUCUCAAACUCGUAAGAUUCUCACGCCAUAUCUUCAGGAUCAUAUUGCCUUCCACGAUAAUUCGAGAAGGGAGCUUCCCAUUUUUCUUCCCCAGAUGAUAGUUAAGAGGAGUUCGACGGCGGAUGUGGUCGCCGAAGCAGAGAUUUUGUGCCAGCAGAGCGUUUCGGUUCAGUACAUCCGCGUCUCGAAGCCCGUUGGUAAUGAUUUGGAGUUGUUCGACGUCGAGACGCCGGAUAUUUCCACGCCUCCCAUCGAGGUGGAGUCCUUGUCCAUUGAAAUCUCUCGAUCUGAGUCGGCUGUGAAGUGCUCAACUAGCAUUCAGUCUGCUUUAAAGCAUGCAUCGAGAAAGGCCAAUUAUCUUCCAUGCAUUCGUUCUGGUAGCCACACUGACAUCGGAGCACGAAGAUCAAAUGAGGAUGAGCAUGUCAGGAUUGAUGAUCUAUCUGCCCACUUGGGUCCUUUAUAUAGAUGGCCACUACCAAGUUCAUUCUAUGCUGUCUUCGAUGGUCAUGGAGGAUCCGCGGCAUCCUCAUAUGUUAAAAACAAUGCUCUGAGAUUCUUCAUUGAAAAUGCUGAUCUGCCACAAACAUCUGAAAUCGAUGAAGCAUUCUUGGGAGAAUUGGAGCGUUCUUAUCAGAGAGCCUUCUUACUGGCCGACCAAGCCCUGGCGGAUGAGUGUACAAUCGAUGAUUCAUGUGGUACUACAGCAUUAACUGCUCUGGUCAUUGGUAAUUAUCUUCUAGUUGCAAAUGCUGGCGAUUGCCGUGCUGUCCUUUGUAGAAAAGGAGAUGCUGUCCAGGUUUCUCAUGAUCACAGACCUUCCUGUCAAAUUGAAAGGAAAAGAGUUGAGGAUUUGGGUGGUCUUAUUGAGUAUGGAUACCUAAAUGGGGAAAUCUCAGUCACUCGAGCACUUGGAGACUGGUAUAUGAAGCUUCCAUAUGGACCCAGCUCCUCUCCUCUUACGGCAGAGCCGGAAAUGCACCAAGUUUUGUUGACGGAGGAUGACGAGUUUCUGAUUAUUGCUUGUGAUGGCAUUUGGGAUGUGAUGUCAAACCAGGAUGCGGUUAGCAUUGUUCGUCAAGAGCUGAUGAUGCACAAUGACCCCGAGGAAUGCGCAAAGGAGCUUGUGAACCAGGCUUUGUUGAGGGAGGAAAAUGAUAACCUCACUGCCAUUGUCAUCUGCUUUACAGCAUCUCCAGUUCCUUCUCGCCGCCCGAAACUGAGGUGCCUCACAUUGUCGGAGGAUGCACGGAAUAGGCUCCGAAGCUUGUUACAAGGCAACUAAUAGCAUCACUCUUUUUGAUUUUUCAUCUGUUUGAGGUUGCUUCAGAUAAAUUGAGAAAAAGCAACAAAGUUUUGUAGAGGUAGAAAGGAUGAUGUGUGACAGUGAGGGUAGUUUGGUGUUUUAGGUAACAUAUAUUGCAUUGUGUCCUGGCGACAUUCUUGUUUUUAGGUAGUAAAAGCCUUGAUUGGUUAAUCAAAAUCUGGAAUUGAUUAUUAGUGCUUUGACAAUUCAAUAACAUGUACUGUUUAUUGUAUUCCGGAUAUUCUUGAAUUUGAUCCCAUUCAGUUUCAUUAUUGAGCUCCAUUGAAUCUUUUUGAGUUGAUUUAUG